UCGUCUCGGAGCUGACGUCCUGCUGGACCAAACCUCUGUCCACCCGCGUCACAGUGCCCGGUUAUGGACCAUAUUCGGAUUUGGAAGGAGCUGAAAAAGCUGGACUGGUGAACAUAUCUCCCAUGGAGCCGUCCCUGGCAGCGUAUUUGGCCCCGUCUCAAAACCAUGGUGUGAGCGGACCCACCACGCUCCCUUCCAAGCCCUGUAGAUUUUCUGCUGCACAGCUUGAAAAAAUCUGCAAGGCUCAGGCCACCACUGCUCGCGGCCUGAGCUCCAUCAGCAUGCUCCAGACUUACCAGGCUAUGGCUCUGGCGGAGCUCGGAGCCCAGGUACAGGCCGAGAGUCCUCUGCUGCCUCUCUUAAAUGAAAUCAGACUCACCGCGGACUACAUCCUCCAUGCGUCCCGCGGCGUAGCGCUCUCCCUGGUCAGAGGGAUGGCUUCAACCGUGGUGGCGCAGAGACAUUUGCGGUUGACACUCUCUGAUGUCCCCGACAGAGACCGGGCCACAGUCUCUCGACGUUAUUCAGGCAAAGUUCGAGCUGAGGAAGAAGCAGGCAGAAGCUCUGCGCUGCAAUAUCCCCAGAUGAGACUCGAGACCCAAGACAAGCACACAGAAGCCGGCCGCACAGCCGCCUCCGGCGAAGAGAACGGUGCAGCCUGGGAGCCUAGGCACCCAGUCACCGCAGCCUCAUAACCAUGGCCACC